AUGGAUUCGGCUAGCAAAACAGCAAGCACCAUUACUGAAAAGCCGGCCACCGCCGUGACGAGCUUCCCGGAGACGGGAAUCCUGAAGAGUCCUGGAAGUCAGUUGAUUUUGGAGACGACAGAUGGUGUGCAGCAUUUUAUCGAUCGCAGUGAUGCCUUGCUUCUCGGCACCGUCACUCGCAUGUUGCAAGAUCUGAACCUUGAAACUUCGACGAUGCCCGUGUUGCGGAUGCCGGUUUGCUUCAAGACUGAAACUCUCAUCAAUUUGCUUCAAUUGAGCCGAGAGCUGGCCAAGCUAGAGCCAAAGGAGAAAAAGGCUUCAACAAACGGCAAACAGACGAAUGGAAAAUUUGUGAAAAUGGAAGAAUGGAAGAAGAAACUGAAGGCGAUUCCCAAACCGCUUCUCUUUGACAUGGCUGAAGCUUCAAAUUUCCUUGAUGCGAAGGGUGUUUAUGAAGCUCUGGUUCAGCAAAUCGCUGACAAUAUCAAGAGUAUGAGUAUCGAGGAGAUGCGUGUUUACUUCGAUGUGAAAUCCGACCUAACUCCGAGCCAACUCAAGAAAAUCCAAAAGGAAUUUGAUUUUUUUCGCGUUUGUGCUUCUUUAUUUGAUUUUCCUUUG